AGAAAAAAGAAUUAAAUAAAUAAAUAAAUAAUAAAAUACAUAAAAAUACAAAAGUAUAAAAUUAAUAAUUCAAUUGUGUCUAUGAUAGCUAAAUGGUGCACUCUUAGCUUCAUGACUUUGUGUCAAUCGAGCGCAGUGGUAAUCAUAGCUAUUCCUAUCAUGGAAAUGCAUCAUUCUACCAGAGCUUUACCAUGCAGGGCUUAUUCACCGUAUUCUAUUGAAGGAUUACAUGCCUAUUUGGCAACAUAUUUGAUUCAUGCUGCAUCUAUUAUUUAUGGUAUACUUAUCAACAUAUCCUUGGAUUCUCUUGUAUACGGUUUGACCCUUCAUGUUUGCGGACAAAUAGAUAUUCUCUGCGAACGUUGCAUGCAAACUGUUCGAGAAGGUAAUUCAAAUGAAAUAAAAGCAUGUGUUAGACAUCAAGUGUUUAUUCACGAUCUCGUAAAAAGAAUAGAAUAUUUGUUCAUUUGGACGGUAGCCUUUUUAUUAUUUUUCAGCUUGAUUACAUUUUGUACUACCAUCUUUCAAAUGUCAAAGAAAGAUCCUCUUACUAUGGAAUUUUUUUCCUAUGUUUUAUAUAUUGCCUGUAUGAUGUUCCAAAUAUUUUGUUAUUGCUGGUACGGCAAUGAGCUUCGAUUAAAGGGCAAAGAAGUCGCUAAUGCUAUUUAUAAUAGCGAUUGGGUAAUGUCAACACAGAGCGAUCGUAAAAACCUACAAUUCUUAAUGAGGAUUAGUCAAAAAGAAUUAACUUUAUCUUAUUACCGAAUUUUUUCUCUUGAUCUGGACGUUUUCACAUGGGUGAGUAAUUACAAAUUACUUUUUACAAAUGUAAAUAUUGCAAAAGUAAAAAGUUAAUAUUCCGCAGAUACUUAAAACAUCCUAUUCGUUAUAUAAUAUUCUUCAAACAAUGUCGUAUUAAUUGUAAUCGCUUAUAUAUUGCUUUUUAUUUAUAAAACAAUAUUGUCUCGUCUAUAAAACGACGUUAAGAAAUAAAAAAAAAAAAAGAAAUUCUACAAAGAGAAAAUAAAAAGAAAGAAAUA